UGUAAUCAAUUUUUUGUAGUUUAAACAAAAAUAUGAUUGAAAUAACUGCAAAAUUGGUUAGGGGCCCUGUAUACUUCUCAGGAGAGGUUAUAGAAUGUUUGGUUACAUUCAGUAACCCACCAAAUCCAAUACAUCAAAUAUCUCAAAGUCACAGCGAUAUUUUCGAGAGCCUCGCAUGGGCAAGCGCGCAAGUUCAUUGUCAAUGUUCCACGAACCUCAAACUUGUGUUGGCAGAAAAAUUGAACACCACUGCUCGACUGGCAGCUAUUAAUGCAAAUACAACGUUUGCACCAUGGCAGCAGGAUAACGGCCAUGUUGUGUUGAAUACAAAGCCUAAAAUAUUGUUUUGCGAUUUGAGAUUAUCCCCUGGCGAAAGUAAAACAUAUAUUUAUCGGGAAGUAAUUCCAAGCGACGCGCCUCCGUCUUACAGAGGACAUGCGAUAAAGUAUUCUUAUAAAAUUACAGUUGGAACCCAACGAGUAAAUACUGCUAUCAAGCUACUCAGAGUUCCAUUCAGAGUGCUUUCUUUAAGCGGUGAGUUAUUUACCUAUCAUUUUUCGUACUAUACAUGUAACUUUAAUAUCAUUCCGACAGAAUUGCCCGAAAUAACCAUCUGCAACGACAGCGUCGAUUUAAGUCCCAAUAACCCAUUCAUGGAAACGCAACAUAGAGACACACCGUUAGACGUCGCCUUACAAACACUCCAGAACUUAACAGCCAGGCGCAGUCCAAAUUUCUACAACAUUACAAAUGGACGCGGACGGGUUGUACGUUUUUGCCUCUUCAAGAAUUCUUACAAACUCGGGGAAGACAUAGUUGGGACUUUUGAUUUCUCGAAUGCCACCGUUUCGUGCGCCCAAGUUUCGGUGGCAUUGCAAUCAGGGGAACAUAUUUCAGAGGACUACAGACGAGGGAAGGCCUCGGCUCCAACAUUAGUCAGCUACAAUAAACAUCACGAAAUGUGCAUGGGUUUGAAAUACUCCCAUUUGGUGCUACCCAUACCCCUACACGUAACUCCUGAUUUCACCACUGAUCUGAUGACGUUGAAAUGGAGAUUGCAUUUCGAGUUUGUCACGACUUCCAAGCUGAUAGAAAUGCCUAAUGAAAAUACUACCAGCUGGCAAGGACCUUUGACCUUGGACGUCGAAACAAUGAUCUGGGACUUGCCUGUUCAUAUUUACCCUACGACUACACCGCCUAAUACAGCGCAGCAAACAAAGUAUAGCAUAGUAAUAUAGCAAAUUGACAAGUAUUGUUGGCUCGAUACAAGAAAUUCUUGUAGGUUUAUUCAUUUUCAUCGAUAAGUGAUUUAUUUUUGUAAUAUAGUUUUUUUUUAUAUUUUUAUAUACAUUGAUAAGGAAUAUUGUUGAAAGAAUGUAAAUUAUGCUCGUUACUAGAUGAUUAUUAUGUAAGUACCCCAUUUGUAAAAAGUGUAUAAGAGUAAAGGAUUAUAGAAAUUGA